AUGGCAGAAAUAUGCACGAUUCGGGAUCGUUUUUUAAAAGACCAAAGAAAAUGGCUUAAACAAGAAAUAUACACGACGGACACCUUUGUGUCAUAUACGGAGAGCAAUAGAGCCCAAAACUCUCACAUUCCUAAAGCAAACCGUGGACGACCUCAAUUACCUUUUCAAGAAAGCAGUAUUAAAACUAAAAAAAAGCGAGUUGAAAAGUUAGUCAAGAAUUACACUAUGGAGGAGCUAUUUUUUGCUACUCAACAAUCAUCACGUUUGCGUUCUUCGGGAUCAGAAGGUAAAUCUAAGAUUUUAUCAUCAGAACAGGCACUCGCGCUGUAUUUAGAUUUAAAUUUAACAGAACAAAAAUACAACCUUUUUCGUUCUGCUGUAAAUAACUUACACCCAAACUGUUUUCUUCGAAUAGCUAUCAUUAGAAAGCAUAUAAAUCAGCUAAUACCAAGAAAUAUCGAUGUUACUGAGGGCGGUGCAGAAGUAAAUCUACAAGAAUUACUAAAUAUCACAGUAGAAAGUAUACUAAAAACUGUUUAUCUGACGGUGAAUCACUAG